AUGGCGACUACUAUGCCGGACUUCCCAAAACUGCCGUUCACAGAUCCUGCAAGGGGUCUCAACUACCGCCUUUCCACGUCGGAUGACGAAGCGUCCAUGCACACCAUUGACAGCUCCUUCGUGACAGAUCGGGUAUUUCAAAUUGAAUUCAACACGUCCAACGUAGGGUCUGGAGAUCCGGGAUUUGGGCUGGACAUAAAGACUGUCACGUUAGACAGUCCUUUGCACAAAUCUUUCCCAGAUGACGAGAACUCGGACGGGGAUGACGAGUCGUCGGAUUGCUUUACCGUGGUAGUCGAGGAUACCAAUCCGUUAUGUGCUAAGGAUGCACCUACUCCCGGGCAUAAUAAUAAAAUCAUCGCAUUCAUAUCCGCCAAAUUCUCCAGCUGGAACUCUCGGUUGAUCAUCACUGAUAUUGAAAUCAACUCAUUGUACCGACGCCAAGGAAUCGGACGGAAUCUUAUGCGCUUAGCUGAAAGGCUUGGCUCUGCUAGAUGGCCAGUACGCCAUGUGUGGUUGGAAGUGUCGAAUGUCAACUAUCCAGCUAUCCAGAGUUAUCUCAGGAUGGGGUUCAAAAUAGCUGGACUGGACAUCUCCCUAUAUGUCGGGACCCCAGCGGAGGGAGAAUUUGCGAUUUUCAUGUGGAAGGAAGUAUCAGGACCAGCGGAGACACGAUCUUAG